CCGCGGCGGGCACAGCGCGGGACAGCGGCACCGGCCGGCCCCGAGCCCAUGCGAGCCGGGCGCGGCUCUGGCCGCCCCGCAGGGCACCCGCCAUGCACGGCCGCCCCCAGCCCCAGCCCCUGCCCGGCCCGCAGCCCCCGCGGCUGCCCAAGGCAGGCAGGAGGCGCUACAAGACCUUCAUGAUCGACGAGAUCCUCUCCAAGGAGACCUGCGACUACUUCGAGAAACUUUCGCUCUACUCCGUCUGCCCGUCGCUCCUGGUCCGGCCCAAGCCGCUGCACUCCUGCGCCGGCUCCCCGCCGGUGCGGGCGCUCCCGCUGCUGCCCGCGCUCCCGCCGCUGCUCCCGGGCGGCUCCCGGCUCCUGCCCGCCGAGGCCGCCCCCGGAGAGCCCCAGGGCAGCAGCGAGUCGGAGGCAGAGCAGCCCCCGCCUCGCUCGAAGAAGCCGCGCCGGAGCAGGACCAUCUUCACUGAGAUCCAGCUCAUGGGCCUGGAGAAGAAAUUCCAGAAGCAGAAGUACCUCUCCACCCCCGAUAGGCUCGACUUAGCCCAAUCCUUGGGGCUGACUCAGCUCCAGGUAAAGACGUGGUACCAGAACCGUAGGAUGAAGUGGAAGAAAAUGGUGUUGAAGGGUGGACAGGAAGCUCCAACGAAGCCCAAAGGCCGCCCAAAGAAAAACUCCAUCCCCACCUCAGAGGAGAUUGAAGCAGAGGAGAAAAUGAACAGCCAGGCUCAGAGUCAGGCACAGGAGGGAUCUCGAGCCUCUGAGGAGCCAAAACUAACAGAGGAGAACCCAGAAAAAGUCCUGCUGGAGACAGAGGGGUGUCCAGAACAUGCACCAGAGCCUUCCUCAGAGGAGACUACACCAUUAAGUUAAAAGGGAGAGAAAAGAGAGGAAAAGAAGAGAAAAAAAAAAAAAAAGAGAGAGAAAAGAGAAAAAUCAAAACCAAAUAUAUAUAUGUAUAUAUAUAUUUAAAUAUGUAUGUAAUGGUGUGUGUGUACAUAUAUAUAUAAAUAUAUAUAUAUGUAUGUAGACCUUGUGAAUAAGUCUAAAGAUUGGUCACUUUGUGCCUUUGGGAAUCAGCCAUCACGGGCCAGGUGGAACAGAGACAUGCCAUGAGAGUGGUGCCAGCCUGUUCCUCUGGCAGGUGCCUGAGCCUUCCUGCAGAGAGGCCCGGGCCAUGUUUCCAGGGAAAGCCAUGCCUAGAACCCCAGGCAGCUCCUUGAGAAGCCUGGGGCUCUCCCAGGCAGGGGGGCAGGUGUGCUGGAGGGUCACUGUGCUAAACUUGCCUUGUGUGGUGCCAGUGGACAAAAAGCUUGGCCUAGGCUCAGAUCAGGGAUAGCUGAGGAAUGGGAGCUCUGACAGCACCAUUUCCUCCUGUAACCAGCACUUAAUUCUGUUAGGGAUGGGCCCCACUUCAACUGUUUUAGGAAAUGGUUCAGACCCCAGGUUUGCUUUGGCCCAGUUUAAAGCUUCCAAAGGGACAUCCACACCUGGGUCAGCUCCAGUUGCCUCUCCUUGGGUGGUCUGGGUGCUGUGAAUUUGCAGUGAUGUGGGAUAAAACUUGGAAUGAGAUGAGCAUUUGGAUAUAAGUCUGCUCCAAAAGCUUUUGGGUACUUGGAUCUGGGACUUUUGCUUUGGGCCCACUUCUAAUUUUUUUGGGGGGUUUUUUAAAUGAACUGUUAAAUGUUUUCAGGGUUUGGGGAAAAUGAUGGAUUUCCAAAGUUGCUGCAGGAAGUUGGCAUUUGUUUAAGAUGUAUGCCAAGAAAAAAGGUGCAUCAUGUUUUAUAGAGUCUUGUUUUGGGUGCAUUUUGCCCAAAGGCUGCAAGAGAUGUAUUAAGAUAACCUUUAUUUUUUAAUUAAAAAUAAAAUAUAUGAAUCAAA